AUGGCCUUUUCAUCAGUAAAGAGCGCUUUGCUGGUUGCACUGCUGGCCACAACGGGAGAGGCAGCUGCAUGCCCUUCCAAGUCGGCUGUUGCACCGUUAUUUGAGUAUGAGAAGGUCCAAUUGACCGAUCAAACGAUUGCGAAACUGGGGCGAACCCAGUCUGCGCUCUUUGGUUUUGGCCACAAUACGACAAAUACGACUCACUCGGGUAGCUGCAAAGUCUUCCCUGGUGAUCGCCAAUGGCCUUCGCAUGCUUCCUGGUCGGCUUUGAGCCAUGCCUUGGAUGGUGCCCUCAUUGAGAAUGUCCCCCUCGCUGCGUCUUGCUACAAGUCAUGGCCUCAAUAUGACAGUGAAAAAUGCAAGGAGAUCACUGAGCAGUGGACCGACUCGCAUAUUCAUGCUGCCGAUCCAGCUUCGGUUAUGUGGCCGUUGUUCGAGGGCAGAAGCUGUCUGCCCACCACCAAUUCAUCCUCCAGCUGCAGUCUGGGUGGAUACAGUGUUUACUCUGUGAAUGUGUCGAACGUGGAGCAAAUCCAGUUGGCCGUCAACUUCGCUCGCAACAGUAACAUUCGUCUGGCGAUCAAGAACACAGGACACGAUUUCAACGGCAAAUCCAGUGGUGCAGGUGCUCUGAGUAUCUGGACCCAUAACUUGAAGAACAUCGAAUACUUUGAGCACUACUCGGGAUCGGACUAUCAAGGACCAGCUGUGAAGCUGGGUGCCGGUGUGCAAGCCGCUGAAGUGUAUGAACAUGCCAAAAAGCUAGGCUACACUGCUGUUGGUGGUGAGGGCAAGACUGUGGGUGUCGCCGGUGGCUAUGUCCUUGGUGGCGGUCAUUCACCCAUGUCCAGCUUAUAUGGCUUGGCUGCGGAUCAGGUUCUGGCCUUGGAAGUCGUGCUCAGCAAUGGACGCUUCGUCACAGUGACCAAGACGAACCACCCUGACCUCUUCUGGGCUCUGCGAGGUGGCGGUGGAGGAACCUUUGGAAUUGUCACUUCCAUCAUCUCUCGUGUCUACCCCAAGAUUGGAACCACAGUUUCCACCUUCAACUUCUCAACCGGAAAGAACGUCUCCACAGAGACAUUCUGGGCUGGUGUCCGAUCCUACUUGAGCCACUUCCCCGCCCACGCCGAUGCCGGCACUUAUGCCUACUUCUGGGUCAUGUCCACAGGCGAGGAUGCCUACACAUUCCUCAUGAACCCCUUCUUCGCAGUCAACCACACCUUGAGUGAAUUCAACACCCUGGUAAAGCCAUGGUACAAGGAGCUUCAUUCUCUGGGCAUCAAGAUCCAGCCCAACUCGACUUACUAUGACAACUUCCACGAUGCCUGGAACUCGGGCUUCCCUUUGGAGACAGUGGCUUCUUCCACCAUGAUGACAGGCAGUCGUCUCUUCCCCCGAUCCAACUGGGAAGACGCGGAAUUGCUGAACCGAACCUUCAAUGCCCUUCGCUCCACCGUGACCGCCGGUUUCCCCUUACUCGCCUUCAACAUGAAAGCCGAGCUCCAGAAAGGACUCACCCCCAACUCUGCUAACCCGGCCUUCCGCCAGACUCUGAUGCAUGCCAUCUCCUCCACCAGCUGGACCGAGACCACUUCCAACACCGAUAUCAAGGCCAAGAUGGACCACUUCACCAACGACAUUCUCGGCCAGUGGCGUGCGGUCUCUCCUGAUGCUGGCGCGUACAUGUCCGAGUCUGAUAUCCAGGAGCCGCAUUUCCAGCAGGCUUUCUAUGGAUCCAACUACCCGCGUUUGUACCAGCUCAAGCAGAAGUAUGACCCGGGUAUGCUGUUCUAUGCUCCCACUGGUGUUGGCAGUGAGGAGUGGGUUGUGAGAAGCCUUGAUGGUCUUCCCGAUCAGAACGGUCGGCUGUGUCGCCGUUGA